AAUAGCAUUUUUAGUGCAAUAUUUAUUUGAUGCACUAAGUGACGCUGUUGGUCAGUAUGUUCAGGCUUUAAUCAUUCGUUUUUAGAUCCUCCUCCACUUUCUGACAUCAUACAGUCUGCAGAAUAUUUCUUUCAUUCAGACGAUCUCUGUUUGACACUGAUGCAUCGAGACAUUCUCUGCCCUGUGUUUUCGGAUGAGCUUUGUUAUUUUUUCAAUCUCCCAGAUUAUUUUGUGCUUGGUCUUCUCUUCUGUAGUGGAAUAGAACACUUGGAUUAUGUCGGUUCUUUGUUGUUUUUACGCCCAAAGAUGCGCAUCUUCGACGCGGAUUUCAUCAUGGUUAAUGCAGCCUCUCGUGCUGUGCGUCUUUGUCAUGGCCGUUGCGCGCGGGCAGGUCCGUUAUUCUAUUCCAGAGGAGAUGACAAAGGGCUCGCUUGUGGGAAAUAUCGUUCAGGAUCUCGGUUUGGAUGUUAAGAGGCUGAAAUCUGGUCGAGCGCGGAUCUUUACGGAGGACAGUCGUGAGUACAUCGGUCUGAAUGUGGAUAAAGGGACUCUGGUAGUGAAAGAGAGAAUAGAUAGAGAGGAGCUGUGUGCUCAAGUGUCUCCCUGCUCCUUGCAUUUUCAGAUCAUUCUAGAAAAUCCCAUGGAGCUGCAUAGAAUUGAUGUGGAAAUAUUAGAUAUUAAUGAUAAUGCUCCUGUUUUCACACGCCGAGAAAUACAGUUUCAAAUAAGUGAAUCAGCUACACCUGGAGCCAAAUUUUCUUUAGAUAAGGCUCAAGAUUCUGAUGUGGGUUUAAAUACCCUUCAGAAAUACACACUAUAUCCGCCUGAUCAUUUUUCUCUGAAAGAACAGAUGGGAAAUGAUGGAUUGAAAUAUGUUGAAAUGAUUCUACAAAAAACACUAGACAGAGAAAAUCAAGAGGAGCAUAAAUUAAUAUUGACUGCGUUUGAUGGCGGCAGUCCUCAGAAAUCAGGCACUAUUAAGAUAAGUGUUCUUGUAAUCGACGCAAAUGACAAUGCUCCUGUGUUUAGUCUCCCCGUGUAUAGAGUUUCCUUACUGGAGAAUUCACCAAAGGGCACUGGUGUCGUGAGCGUGACUGCCACUGAUAAAGACAAAGGAACGAAUGCUGAACGGAGGUAUUCCUUUUCACAAACUUCAGGAAAGGCUUUAGAGCUAUUCGAUAUAGAUUCAGAAAGUGGUGACAUUACGGUUAACGGUGACCUGGAUUUCGAGAGGUCAAAACAUUUUCAGUUAAAUGUUGAAGCAGCUGAUACAGGUGGCUUGACCGAUUCCAGUAAAGUUAUUAUAGAAUUAAUUGAUAUUAAUGACAAUGCACCCAUGAUAAGCUUAAUUUCAUUUUCUAACCCUAUACCCGAGGACGCAGCGCCGGAGACUGUGAUAGCGAUGCUGAAUGUCAAAGAUAUGGAUUCGGGGAGAAACGGACAGGUUAAAUGUUCUAUUGCUCUAAAUUUGCCAUUCAAAAUACAGUCAUCUGCCUCAAAUUUUUAUAGUGUGACAACCGAUCAAUUAUUAGAUCGUGAAAAAAUGCCUGAAUAUAAUAUCACAAUAACAGCUAUUGAUGAGGGCUCGCCUUCUUUCUCUACUAAUAAAACACUGACUCUGAAAAUAUCUGAUGUCAAUGACAACGCCCCUAUGUUUCAGCGUCAGUCAUACACCGCAUAUGUGAUGGAAAAUAAUUUGCCCGGAGUCUCUGUUUUAUCUGUUAAAGCGCAUGACAAAGACGAUGGCAAUAACGCGCGUAUUUCAUAUUUUCUAGAAGAUAUUCUUGUGAAUGGCGUCUCUGCUUCGACAUUUAUUUCAGUGAAUGCAGAGAGCGGAGAGAUUCUUGCUGUUCGUUCGUUUGAUUAUGAGCAAACAAAAGAAUUGAACAUUCGCGUAAAAGCGCAGAACCACUGA